CCGUCACUUAAGAUUAUAAUUAAAUGAGAGAGAGUGUCAUUCCAUUUAAGGCUAAACUCAAAAAGUCACUCAGAUUGUCAUGAACAAUAUCAUGCAACUGUCUACUUAAAAAGAGAAGAUCAAUAAUUGACAAAAGUAUUCAAGAUGAGAAGUGCCUUCACAUCUCUGCAAUCUCUCACGAAGGAAUAGUGUAAAAAGAAAAAGGAGUAUUAAAGUAGAUCAAAUUAAAUUAAUUAACAAAAAGGCGAAAUCAACUGUAUGAUUUCUAUUCCUGAAGUCUUUUACGGUUGGAAACUUGAUAUAAAAUAGAAAAACGGUAAGUAAGAUGUGGAGAUCAAAACAGUUGGUUGAA